CGAUCAACCCAAAACAUAUAUAUAAUGUACCCUACUUGGCCAGUUGGGAUCACGUUUCUCCUUUAGUACUAAAAACCAAAUCAUAUAUAUAUAUAUAUAUAUAAUGUGCCCAUGUACCCUGAAUCAUAUUUUUGUGAUGAAUGCUCAACCUGUGAUUCAUGGGUCAGUGUCGCUGAUGCAGUUGUAUCGCCUCCUUGAAUCUUAUUGGUCUAUAUUCUUGAACAGGUAAUAGGUAGAAAAUGUGUCACAUAAGAGCACAAAGAAGGAUAUAUUAGUGGAUGUGGGUGACCAAGUAUCUGAUCUUAUGUGGAUUACUGAAAACAGGGUAACUGUGUCAUCAAAUAGCCGUUCAUGGUUGAUACCGUCAUCCAAAAAGUGGAUGGCACUAGCAUUGACUGCUAUAUGACAUUCCUGUACUAGCAUGUUUUCAGAAGUGCAUCUGAAUGGCACAAUCAUUGAAGAAAGCUCUCUUCUCUCAUCAUGUUUUCAUCAGAAGCUAUGCAUCAGUUAUUCAUUUUUGUUCAGUCACUCAGAAGACUGAUUUAAGAUCGAUCUGCGACAGGGGAUAUGUUUGCAACCACCAUUUCAAAAAUCUUCGAGUUUUCAAAACGAGUCAUAAACACUUUCUGCAACAUUACUGUACGCCUAUUAAGACAGGAAGCAUAUGUUGGGAAGGAUCCUCUCGCACAAUUCUGCUCAGAAAGCUUGAAGUUGCUUUGAAGGAGCAUCAAGUUAGUGAAGCAUGGGAAGCGUAUAGUGAUUUCAAAAACUUGUAUGGUUUUCCAAACCAGUAUCUUAUGAAUGAACUUAUGACUGAGCUGUCCUACUCAUCUGAUCCCAACUGGCUUCAUAGGGCAUGUGAUUUGGUUUUUUUAGUACUAAAGGAGAAACGUGAUUUACUUCGGCCUGACUUACUAAUUAAGCUCUCUCUUUCCUUAGCAAGAGCUCAAUUGCCUGGUCCCACAUCAAUGAUUUUGAGGCUAAUGCUGGAGAAAGAGUGUUUGCCACCUUUGAAUAUAUUGAGGAUGGUCUUUUUGCAUAUGGUGAAAACAGAUGUUGGGACAUAUCUUGCAUCCAAUAUCUUGAUUGAGCUAUGUGAUCGUUUUCAAAAUUUGAGUGAAACCAGAUCUGCUUCUAAAAAGUUGAUAAAACCUGAUACGAUGAUAUUUAACCUUGUUUUGGAUGCUUGUGGGAGGUACAAGUCAACUUUCAAGGGCUAUCAGAUUAUAGAACUGAUGGCAGAAACUGGCAUCAUAGCAGAUGCACACACCAUUAUUAUCAUCUCUAGGAUUCAUGAGAUGAAUGGUCAGAGGGACGAGUUGAAGAAAUAUAAAGAUGUUGUCGAUCAGGUUUCAGUUCCUUUGAUUCAUCACUACAUACAGUUCUAUGAUAGUUUGCUGAGCUUACAUUUCAAAUUUAAUGACAUCAGUGCUGCUUCGGAACUCAUAUUUGAUUUGUAUAGAUGUAAGGAAUUUAUUAACAGCCGAGAAGAUAAGAAAAAUCCUGAGAAGCCUUGUUUUGUCCCAAUCGGAUCUCAAAAUCUAAGGGCGGGAUUGAAAAUACAGGUAUUCCCUGAACUGAUCCACAAGGACUCUGUCUUCAAAGUGGAUCCGAAAGAGGAGUUUGUUAUGUGUAAGAGUGGGAAAAUUGUGAUUAACAACAAAGGAAUAGCUAAGCUUGUUGUAACAUGUAAGAGAAGUGGUAGGAUUAGUGAACUGUCAAAGCUUUUGAUUAGCAUUCAGAAGGCGGGUUCAAUGAAAGACGAAAGUUGGUGCUCUGAAGUGGUUGAUGCUUGCAUUAAUUUGGGGUGGUUGGAGAUUGCUCAUGACAUUUUGGAUGACAUGGCGUUGGCAGGGUGUCCGAUGGGCAACAGUUUAUAUUUAUCACUGUUAAGGGCUUACUAUGAACAGAAUAUGUUUAGAGAAGCAGGAGCAUUGCGAAAACAAAUUAGGAAGGCAGGUUUGGACAUAGAUAUGGCUAAUGAAUCCUUAACUCUUUCAGAGAGAAGAACAACUUCAACUAGAAAAGCAGAUUUGGCCCAGUCUUUCAUCAGAGAAAUGGAAGAAGAGGAGAAAACUGUGGCUUCUACGGUGUAUGAGCUCAAUUCUUCUAUCUACUUCUUCUGGAAAGCUAAAAUGACAGGGGAUGCUUUGAAGACAUACAGAAAAAUGCAAGAGAUGAAGAUCCAUCCUAGCGUGCAAACCUUUUUUAUUAUGGUUUCUGGGUAUUCUUCUUUGGAGAUGUAUCGGGAAAUCACGAUCUUGUGGGGGGAUUUUAAACAGAAUAUUGAGAAUGGAAAUUUAGUGGUUAACAGGGAUUUAUACGAGUUCAUAGUAUUGAAUUUUCUUCGCGGUGGUUAUUUUGAAAGGGUGAUGGAGGUAGUUGGGCACAUGAAGGAGCAUGGUAUGUACAUUGACAAGUGGAUGUUAAAAGUGGAGUUUCUAAAGCUUCACAAAGAUCUUUAUAGGAACUUAAAAGCAUCUAGUGCUAGAACUGAGGCUCAAAACAGGAGGAUUGAAGAUGUUCGGGCCUUCAGGAAGUGGGUUGGUAUCCAGUGAAGUUCAUUAUGAAGUGAAGUAUAUGGCUUGUUUGAAGCUUGGGACUUGGUUUGGUGGUGGCAGUGAUGGGAUACUCAUAGGAAGAAAAUGAAGGGAUGUUGAGUGAGGUUUGCUAAAUUCAUUCGCCAAUUCUCGUUGAAAGAAGAAGCUCUUAUAUGUACAUUUACUUCCGCGCGUGUGUAAGAGGUGAAUCUGAAGCUCUUGCAUUAUGUUGGAGUAACUUCGUGAGGGAUGUCGCUUAACAAAAGUAAAACAGGCUCGGAAAGGUAACUGGUGUCAGGAUUUGUGUCCAAGUGGUGAAAAAUACGUUGUCUCCUCCAAUGAAAAAGGCCGAACUAGCAAUAAAUUUUGGUAGAGGCAUUCGCUGCGAGUCUUGGAUUUGGCUUGCGAACAUGGAGUUGUUGUGGAAGAAAGAAACAACUUCUUCAUUGAUGGUGAUGUCAAAAAUAGAAAGGAAGCUGAGCUCUAUUUGGCCGAAAAUGAUGCCGUUUAUAAUAACAUGGUGAAAUGUUUAAGAUGUCAUUAUUAGAGGGACAAGCAUAGUCAUGGGAAUCUGGUACAUUGAUUCAUUAGAAAAACCUGACAAUCUUUCAAGAUGUAAUCUGCUAGUUGUCCGCUAGUGUGUACAACUUGGCUUUAGAUAAGCGUUUGGAGAACUUGUGCAGUGGAUUUCAAAAUCUGAAGUUGCUACUUCCUCGGCCAGUCUGCUCCAUCUGCAAGUGGUUUCAUGUCAUUGUACUGCAAAUAGGUUCGUCUCUGCUUGUGUUAUGACUUCUCUGGUGGUGUUUCUCAAUCUCCAACAAUUCUUCAGCCUAUGGGGGUUCUCUUGUGUUUCUGCUGGAAAGUAAACACAUCAAACUAGCAGAUCAUCCAUCGAUUGGCAAUUUUUUUUUUUGGAAGACCAAUAAAUUCAUUUGUGUGAAGACGUGCAUAUGAUUGGCCGGAGUUAUGUUCCAAAUGAUUGGUCAAAGUUGUAUGUACUUGGUUUGUGCUUCCUGGACGAGGAUGUUAUUGUACCAUUACCCUAUUUAUCUUGUUGUAAUCUAAAUUUUCUAUCGUUUAAUCCUUAGGCAUUUUGCUGAUAGAAAAA